AUGGUCACCACUGACCGCAAACUCGAAACGGACGCCCGAGCCCCGUCCCGCAGAAACGCCCUGAAGGCGGUGAUUAAUUGGGCGGCACAAUUGUCGAUAGGUCGAAGGGAAGCCCAGGCUUUCCUGACACUUAUCACCGCCCAACAACAGCCACGUAAACACGGACGUAUCACCGAGGCCGCGGCGAAGGAUGUGUACGGCGGGGUUGUACGCUUGCACGUACUGGCACAUGGGGGAAGCCGAUUAAUUGAUGCAACAUGUUAUUUGGCCAAACAAGAGCUUCCGUUUCGUGGACACGAUGAACAAAUAACCUCAACAAAUCGGGCACAAACAUAUGACGGGGCUGCCGUCAUGUCUGGGCAACAUAAUGGUCUGCAGGCGCUUGUUCGAUUGAAAUGCAAAAAUGCAAUGUUUGUACAUUGUUAUGCUCACAAACUUAAUUUAAUAUUAAAACAGUCUGUUGAUCACAUAAAAGAAUGUAAAGUAUUUUUCCUCACACUGUCUGGACUUUCGUCUUUUUUUUCAAAAUCUACAAAAAGAAUUUAUGCACUUGAACAAGAAGUAAAAAAAAGAUUUCCAUCUGUCGCCCCAACUAGGUGGAAUUAUAACAGUAGACUCGUUGAAAUGAUGUCCGAGUAUAAACAAGAAGUAUUAAACCUCAUGGACACAAUUAUAGAAAAUGGAGAAAAGUGGGACAGUGAAACACUAUCGUGUGCUAGAGGAUUUUUUCAAACGAUUCAAGAUUUUGAUUUUAAUUUUUUCCUUUUAAUAUUUGAUUUUGUCAAUCACUUAAAAAAUAUGAGAAAUAAUUUCGAUCAAAUUUGGUCCAAAUCUGAACAGUAUUUAAAUACAGAAAUGCCAUUAAGAUCAAAAAGACUAAGAAUAACUGAAGUUUCUGAAGACAAAAAAACCAAUUACCGAAGACUAUUUUUUGAAAUCAUUGAUGUAUUGGUAACAAAAAUUAAUGAGAGAUUUUCUGAAAUUUCUAAAUUACAAUUUUUUUCAUUAUUGGAUUUUUCAAAAUUUGAUCAGUUUGUUAAUCAGUUUCCAACAAGUUCUAUGGACUCACUGAAAAAUUCGUAUGGUGAAUAUUUUGAUUUUUCUAUACUUAAAAGUGAAUUAACUAUUGUGUACUCAUCAACCGAAUUUCAUAAAAGAAAUAUUAACGAACUUUGGUUAUAUCUUAAAUCAACUGAACUAUCUGAAAGUUUACCUCAAGUUACGAAAUUAUCAUCUUUAAUUUUAACAAUUCCAGCAACAAGUGCAGGUGCUGAACGUUCAUUUUCGACAUUGAAAAGGAUACAUACAUAUUUAAGAAACUCUCAAUCACAAAAUAGACUAUCAGCGUUGUCAAUUUUAUCUAUUGAAAAACAAUUACUAACCCAAAUUCAAAAGGAAAACAGUUUUUAUGAUGAAGUUAUUGAAGACUACUCAAAAAAACCAAGACGAAUAAAUUUAUGUUUUAAAUAA